UCUCCGCCAUGGUCUUGCGUCUGGUCCUGCUAUGGUUGGUGGUGUGUGCAUUGGGCUCUGUGGAGGAACAUCGGGUGAAGAGCCUGCCAGGUAUGGACACACAGAUCUAUACACCCUGAGUCCGAGCUCAUCAAUCCGCCUGUCUGGUCUGCAGGCUGGAAGGGACCUUUGCCGUCCAGGAUGUAUUCAGGUUCGUGCCCGUGGAUGAAUCAACGCUGCCAUCAGCCUCAUGAACGACUGACAUCGGUCACGUGUGUGCUUCUGUUGCUUGUGCAGGUUACUUCAACGUGGCGAAUGAGUCGAGUACCUCCUCUUCUCAGCGUUGGCUGAUGCACUACUGGUUCAUCGAGAGCGAGAGGGACCCCUCCGCCGACCCAGUGCUGCUCUGGAUGCAGGUGCGCACACAGAACACAUAGAAAUACACACAGAGCCUUUGUGUGUGUGAAUUGAUUGGUGUGUGUGGCCACGGUGUGGCACAGGGUGGUCCAGGUGCGUCGGGGCUGUCAGGUUUAUUGCAGGAGAACGGCCCACUGGCCGUCAACGACAACUCGUUCGGGCAUGGCGAUGAGCUCAUAGUCUUCUACAACCAGUACACAUGGACAGAGGUCGGUGAGCGCAUGAUGAGUGAUCCCCUCCCCCCCCACACCCACAUACAGAGAGAGAUGUUGUGCCUUUGUUGUGUCGUGUGGCAGUUGUCGAGUGUCUUGUUUAUCGAGUCGCCGUGUGGUGUGGGCUACUCUCUGUGUGAGGACCCGCCGGAGUGCCCGGUGUGGGAUGAUGACGUCACCGCGCAGAUGAAUUUCAGGUAUAUGAUAUACUGGACUCACGAUCACACACGUUCAGUACGAUUGGUCUGUGUGUCUAUGUCAUACAGGCUGCUGAAGCAGUUCUACACGGUACUUUGACCCGGAUGCAAAUGCGCUCAACACACACACCCAUACACAGACUUGCCUCUGUGUGUGUGUGUGUGUGUGCAGCACUACCCCGAGUAUCAGACCAACGACUUCUACAUCGUCGGAGAGGCACGUAUACACACACACACACACACACACACCGCACCUAUUCUCUGACCUGUCCACCACUGUUCGUUGCUUUCUCGUUCAGAGUUACGGCGGCAUCUACGCCCCAAUGCUCGCGCACGAGAUUCUCCAAGACAACACGUACACUCACACAACCGACCAGAAGACCAACACUCAUUCAAAUGGCCGCAACGUGUGUGUGCAUGUCCGCAGGUCGCCGUCCAUCCCGUUGGCAGGUGUGGCUGUGGGUGAUGGGUGCACCGGCAUGGAGGCAGAGGGCGGAUGCUCACCCGACUACAUGCACUGGGUAAGUGGGUGUAGCUGUCAGCCAAGAGACCUCCCUCCCUCGCACACACCCAUUUCUUUGUCUGUGUGUGAUGGAUGGAUGGAUGGAUCAGUAUGUGGAGUUCCUCUUCGGCCACGGUCAGUUCUCGCCCCAGACGUACGGGCAGGUCCAGCGGGUGUGCGGCGAGGAGCUGAGGACAGGCACGUGGACCACCAACCAGCCAUGCCGACGGGCCAUCAAACAAAUGGGCAGCGAACUCGGUGUGUGAGCCAGUCAGCCAGCACAUAUGAAUGGGCGCGGUGCGGUGUCAUAUCAUGUUGGCUAUCGUGUGUGUGUCCAUGUGUGCAGGAGGGUUCUAUGUGUACGAUCUGUAUGACGAGUGCAUCGGCCGCCAUGACCUGAGGCGGCUGUCUCGGGGCCGCAGCGACAACAACGGCACAUCGCAGCUUAUCGGUCGGUGUUUACAGCAUACCUACACUCAUUGUCUGUGUACGCAACACAUGUGCGUGCAUCUGCAUAGGUGGGGCGCUCAACGAUUACGUGUGUGGUGGCGAGAGGGCAACCAUUGCAUGGCUCAACGACGACCGAGUCAGUUACACAAACACACACAUACACACACACAUAUGGAAGCCCUUCUACGUACCCAUCUCAUCCCUGUGUGUCUGUCUUUGUCUGUGUGGUCAGGUCAAGGCGGCAUUGAACGUCCGUCUGAACGUCACAUGGCAGGAGCAUGACGGAUGGGGCGGUCAGCGCGCUCAGCACAACACACAGACAACCCACCCACCCACUCAGCGCCCAUUGGUAAGAGUGUACACGUGUGUGUGUGUUCAGACCACUACAGGUCGACCGAGACGGAUGUGCGCCCCUACUACCACGAGAUGCUCAGCAAAGGCAGGCGCCUACACACACCCGAAAUGCACACACACACAUAGGCAUCGCAUGUGUGUAUCCAUGCUAUAGGCGUGCGUGUGCUGAUAUACUACGGUGAUGUCGACACGGACGUGCCGGUAAGGUAAUUGGUGCACACGCAAGACACUCACACAGCACAUGGAUAGUCAGUCGGAUGCACGUGUGUGUAUGUAUUUGUGAGGGUGUUUCAGUAUAAUGGCGGCGAGUACUGGACAAGGCGGAUGGGCUACCUCGUCAAGGAGCACUGGAAGCCGUGGACCACCGACGGCAAACAACAAACAGCCGGGUCGGUGGGGCCGGGUAGCCAAGCAAAAAACACACAGGCAAAACAGACAGACAGACAGACAGACAUUCAUGUGUGCGUCUGAUACCUGCCUGCCUGCCUGCCUGCCUGACUGCAGCCAUGUGGUUCGUUACGAUGCCCCGUCUGCAUUCGACUACCUGACCGUCAGAGGGUCCGGACACAUGGUAUGGUGGGUCCGUCGGCCUCUUUCCUACACGGACAACACCCGAGUGCAUGUGUGAGUGUGUGAUUCUACCAGGUGCCUCAGUUCCAGCCGGUGUCGGCAUUUGUGAUGCUGCGUCAGUGGCUAGCCGACCAGCCAUGGCCGCCAUACACCGGCAAGGCGCCCAAACCACUGCUGUCCUCACACGGCCAUGCUGAUGACGAACAAGAUGAACAAGACCUCGCCGACAGGUAGGUACUCAUGAGUGUGUUGAUGUGUGUGUAUGUGUUGUGUGUGGUGUGCUGGUUCAGUCUGGGCAUCGGUGUGUGCACGGGGUGCUACGGCAGAGUGCGCAGCAGAAGGAAGCCUCUCAGGCAGACAAACCAACAGGUCGGUGACCGCUCAGCAACCGAGGCGCAUGUGUGAGCGCUUGUGUAUGCGAGUGUGUGUGUGUGCAGCCACCAGCCCCCCCGUCACGGGCUGCAGUAUUGUCUGCGUCGGCUCUCCAAUCUUCUCUUGACGCGGCCCUGGCACGCAUCAGAGAGCUGGAGGAACAGCUGAGACAUUGCAAUAGCAACAAGAGCGACAGCUCACAGGUGCUGUAUGGCUGAUGACGCGUGCACCCAUGCCAUGGAUGGUGCUCAUGUGGCCAGUACGUUCUUAUGUCGGCGUGGGGCGGAUUGAGUGGUGAGAGCUCAGGUUUUUCUGUGCGUGGCCCGGGGGCGGGUGUGGUGUGCGAUAGACGAGACUUCAACGCAUUGCAAUGGCACACAAUGGACUGAAGUCAUCGCAUGUGCAUUAAUCGCAACACAAUGGACAACAUAAAAGACCGAAA